AUGAGUUACAACGAUUAUGAGGAAGAGCAGGAUGGUCCAGACAGUGUGCCCCAUCAACAGCUCGAGCAAGCGGUCCUGGACCCCUACGGGGGCAUGCUACCAGCAGAUGCGGACAACGCUGAAUGGUACGGUGCUGUUGAGGACACGAGCCAACUCAUUAAGGAGGAGUCUUUGGAGGAUUCGUAUGAUGGCUUUCGGUGGGUUCCAGCAGCACGCUGCGAGGUUGCUUGGGAUGUUCUGCACGUUUCGGGCUCUUCGGACAUGAACGACGCCUGGGUCUGGGCCAAGGUUGACAAGGAUGAGAGUCAGGGAAGUGACGACGACCUCGUCCUUUGGGAGGCUCCUGACCGAAACAGGCUCAGAGCAGCUUGGAAGGAUGUACUGAGAAGCUUGAAGAAACCAAAGCGCGACGAGCAGGUUCAGGAACCAUCCGCUCUAGACUCUCCGCGCUCGAUGAAGAUGGACCCCAAUAAAGAAGGGUUAUCCACGACUUGUCAGACGCUGACAGCGCAGCCCGAGACGCCGGCGAAUUCAUUGGCUGCACAACCAAAGGCAGCUCCGCAACCUGGUCCACCUGAGCCAAAGAAACGCUCUGUCUCAUACCAAAGACCAGUGCCAAAGAAGUCCGCAUUGUUGACAUCCGGAACCAAGACAGUGCUUCCAAGACCAAAAAAGCUCGCUCAUCCGUAUCCAAGCAACAGCGGCGCUGACGUUGUGCCGAAUGCUGAUGAUGAUCAAGCAAUGGCGGGGCAGUCCAGCGAGGCUACAGCUGGCAAGUCAUCAGCGCAGCCCACAAGACGCCCGCAGCAGGUGUCGGGAAGAGGAGUCAAGCGAGAUGUGCCAAUGCCUACAAGAAGGGAGGAUGUGGGGCUUAGGCGGUCAAAGAGAUAG